GUGUGUUUGUGUUGUUGGAUAGAGACGAAGAUGGCGGACGAAUUAGACCUCAGUGAACUAGACAGAGUACGGAUUUCCGCAUCGGAACUUCGAGUUGAAGCGUCGAGUUUCUUCAACCACGGCGAUAGUCACAGAGAGGAGCAAGAAGAGGAGGGGAGUGGCGAACGCCCGCAGCAGCAUCACCACGGCAACGACGCAGCAAAACACCCCGAUCUGCAGUGCUACACGCCAGAGGCCAUCCACGGCAACUGUCGCCAUGACAGCAAGGACAGCAACAUGGUGACCUCCCCUCAUCACCUUGGAGACCCUGUAACCAUGACCUCUGACCCUGAAGAGGAGCUGGUGAUGUCAUCGCCGCAGAAGGAGGAGGAAGAAGGGCACAAGAUGGCCGCCAUUGAGACGGUUUCAACUGAACCUGGAUGUACAGAUGGAGGGAUGGGGAAGGAAGGAGGGGAUAAAUGUGGAGGAGGGGGUAGUCAUGGUGGGGGAGGUUUUACUUUUAACCGGGAAGGCUCUCGAUCAUCUGCACAACAGAGGACUCAAAGAGGUGACCACCACACCACCAGAGCCGACAAUAACAACAGUAGCAGCAAUGGUAGCAGUGCAGGGGGGCAAUCGGGCUCAGGCGGCGGACCACAGAGCUCCAGACAGAGGGAUGGAGGGAGAGAGAAGCACCACAGUGGGAGAGACCCAGACCUCCCGGAGCCAGCAGGGGGUUACCCUGGCUCUUCCAAGCCCACCAGGAAGACUCGUAAACCGGACCGGGAGAUCUAUCAGCCGGGGGGCCGGAGGAGCACCACCAGCACCCAGGGGAAGGAGGCGGAAGCGGGAAGAGAGACGAAGAAACCAGCCCCUACCCCUGGGUCUGGGUCUGUUAGACAGGAGGCUGUAGCCAGGAGAGAGCCAGCCCCUACCCCUGGGUCUGGGUCUGUUAGACAGGAGGCUGUAGCCAGGAGAGAGCCAGCCCCACAAAGAGAGACUGGAGGAGAGAGAGGGGGAGGGAAAGAGAGAGAGGAGAAGGGACGAGAGGAGAAGGGCAGAAGGCAGGGGAGGAGAGAGACUGGCAAAGCAGCAGCAGUCUCAGUCCCUGGAGUGGAGAACCUGACUGGGAAGAUGAAGAAACUCAGUGUGACUGCCCCAGCUGGGAGUGAGGAGGAGGAGAAGAGAGGAGGAGGAGAGAAAGGAGAGGGCCAGGAAGUAGACAGGAGGAAGAAGGCUAGCAGUGAGGGAGGAGGAGCAGCAAAUGAAGGAGGUGAGAAGAAGAGCGAGAGGGGAAACCGCAGGAACAGAGGAGGAGGAGGGGGGGAGAAGGAGGGCAAUCAGAAUUCCAGGAGAAGAGGAAGAGGGGAAGGAGGAGUGGGGAAGGGUGAGCGAAGGAUGACUGAGAAAGAGAGAAAUAGGAGAGAGUUGGAGGGGGACAAAGAGAGGGAAGCGAACCGUCCUGCAGAUAGACAGCCAGCAAAAGGAAGAGAGAAUCAGAGGGAAAGAGAGACACCGAGGGAUAGAGAGACGGAGAGGGACAACCAGAGAGGGAACAACAGACCCCGAGACGUAGACAGAGAGAGGGAUGGAGAGAUGGAGAGAAACAGAGAGAGGCCAGUGGAGGUGAGCGAGCGGUGCAGAGCCGACACUAACCCUGACAACAACAACAAUAACCACCCAUCAUCGUCCUCUAAACGUUACUCCAAGUCAGACAUCAGAAGACCCAGGAACCGCACCUACAGCACCAGCUCUGCCAGCAGUGGCACCAGUCUGGACGGACCUGGACAGGGACAGGGAGGGGGGCUGGGGGAGGACGGGGCCCGACGAGACCGCCUGGGGCGCAGGGAGCGAGAAGGAGGGGAGGGAGGAAGAGGUCAGUUCCAGAACAGGAGGAGAAACACUAGAGACUCCUCUACUGACUCACUGGAGGAGAGCAAGAUGGGAGACUGGAUGGAUGAGAGGAGGAGGAGAAGGAGGAGAGACGGAGCAGAGGAGGACUGGAGCCCAGAGAUGAGAAAGAGGGAGGAGGAGAGCAGAGGGACAGAAGGGGGGCACAGAGGAGGAGGAGGAGGGAGAGGAGGACUCCUGAGAGUGUCUCAUAGUGACAGACAGUCAGGCUUCUCCCAGGCUACCUCAGGCCCCGGCGAGGACCCCCAGGGGCGACGCAGACAGGGCACUGGACCUUGCGGCAGGGGGAGGGGCAUCCUCAUCCUCCCCGCCCACACCGACCUCUCCCAAUCGUCGGCGGAGCCCGGGCUGAGGCUCCUGUUUGGUGGGAUCCGUGGAGGAAGAGAGGCGGGGCUAGGGAGAGGAGGAGGAAGGGGCGGAGGAACAAGGCGUCUCUGGGACCCGAACAACCCCGACCAGAAACCCGCCCUCGGGCUCUCCCAGCAUGCAUCGCUCCAGCAGCAGCAGCCCAUGUACCUGCAGACAGGUGUUGGUUACGGAGCGCUGCACUUCCUGGAUACAGAUGACGAGGCUGCAGGGAGUCCCCCAGUCCACCAGGGGGAGCACUUCCACCUCCAGCAGCAGGCUGCAGCCAUGGCCCAGGCCUUCUAUAAGUACCAGAACUCUGACAACCCUUACCCUUACAACGCCAACCCUAACCCUAACCCCAACACACGCUACCCCUACCCUUACCACACUAUGCCCACCGGCCCCUACCAGAUCCCCCCCUCCAACGACAUGUACCCGGGUCAGUUCUACGGGGGGUACAGGGGCCAGGGGUACCCGGCUGGACCCGAGGCUGCAGCACCAGCAGGUGGAUCCGGAGCAGGUCUAACCCUUGAGGAGGCGGAGCAGCAUGCCAGAGGAGAGCUGGGGAGACUGCUGAGAGCUGCAGACAGCCAGGAGUUACAGCUCACUAACCUGUUGUCUAGAGACAGUCUCAGUGCUGACGGACUGGAUCGCAUGGCUCAGCUCAGAGCUGACCUAUUGACCCUGUACGAGCGGGUGAUCCUAACAGACAUAGAGUUCAGUGACAGUCAGAACCUGGACCAGGCUCUAUGGAAGAAUGUGUUCUACCAGGUUAUAGAGCGCUUCAGACAGCUCCUCAAAGACCCCAGCGGAGACUCAGCCCCGCACAUCACCACCAUGCUGCUGACGCUGCUGGACGAGGGGGCAGUAUUCUUUGAUGCACUGCUGCAGAAGCUUCAGAUGGUGUUUCAGUUUAAACUGGAGGACUACAUGGACAGCAUGGCCAUCAGACCACGACCACUACGCAAAACGGUGAAGUAUGCUCUGAUCAGUGCCCAGCGGUGUUUGAUCUGUCAGGGGGACAUCGCCCGUUACCGGGAGCAGGCCAGCGACUCGGCUAACUACGGCAAGGCCCGCAGUUGGUACCUGAAGGCCCAGCAGAUUGCUCCUAAGAACGGACGACCCUACAACCAGCUAGCCCUGCUGGCUGUCUACACGAAGAGGAAGUUGGAUGCAGUGUAUUACUACAUGCGGAGCCUGGCUGUCUCCAACCCCAUCCUCACUGCCAAGGAGAGCCUCAUGAGUCUGUUUGAAGAAGCCAAACGCAAGGCGGAACAGAUGGGGCGGAGGCAGGAGUCAGAAGGGGGGUCCAGGGGCCCGGGGGUCCGGGGGGGAGGAGGAGGACGGGGGGAGCAGGGGGCCAGAGUAGAGAUCUGGGUUCGCCCUAUCAGCCAGGCAGCGGCUCUCUCGUCACACCGCGGGGGCAACGAGUCCAGCAGAGACUCUGAACAGGACGGAGAGCUGGGCAACCUCAGCGCGAGUGAUCUCAAUAAGAGGUUCAUACUCAGCUUCCUUCACGCUCAUGGAAAACUCUUCACUAAAGUGGGCAUGGAGUCGUUCCCGGCGGUGGGCAGUCGUGUUCUCCAGGAGUUCCGAGCACUGCUCCAACACAGCCCCUCCCCCCUGGGCAGCACGCGCAUGUUACAGAUCAUCACUAUCAACAUGUUCACUAUACACAACGCUCAAAGCAGAGGAGGAGAUGGUGAGGUGAGGUCUGUGUUACAGGAGCAGACUACAGCUCUGGGUCUGGCCAUGUUCUCUCUGCUGGUCCAGCGCUGCACAGAGCUAUUAAGAGAUACACCUGCAGAGUCCAUCCCCGAGGAGGAGAGAGAACAGGGGGAUGAGGAGGAGGAGGGGAUGGUGAGAGUUUCUGCCUUCCCAUUGGACCUGAGGGAGCUGCUGCCUAGUGUCAAGGUCUGGUCUGAUUGGAUGCUUGGACAUCCCAACCAAUGGAAUCCUCCACCUUGUAGUAUAGACUCUGGUGUGUGGCGCAGCCUGGCUGACCUGUGUAAUGCGUUGGCACGUGUUGACCACGGGGAGGCGCCGCUGUACAAGGCAGACGGGGACGGAGGGGAGGGGGAUGAGGAGCUCCGCCUGCUGCUAUUGGAGGAGGACAGGCUACUGGCCGGCUUCGUCCCGCUGCUCGCCGCCCCGCAGGAACCCUGCUACAUAGACUGCACCAGGGAUACCGUAAUAGCAGCAGACUGUAAAAGGGUAACAGUGUUGAAGUAUUUCCUGGAGGCUCUGUGUGGUCAGGAACAACCUCUCUUGGCCUUCAAGGGAGGGAAGUAUGUUUCCAUGGCAACCUCUCCCCAACCCAGCAGCCCUGGUGACGCCCACGGUCGACACGACUCACAGACCGAGAGAGAGAGUGAUGACGUCAUCGUGGAGGCAGAGUCGUCUGUUUCGGAGGGGGAUGAGGGCGGGGGUAGCGAGGAUGACAUCAGAGAGCUCCGGGCCAGACGCAGCGCCCUCACUAACAGACUGGCUCAGCAGCAAAGACGCAGGGACAAGAUACAGGCGGUGUUACAGACGUGUGGUCAGUUGGAGUUAGAGGUGCGUCCUCUUUUCCUGGUCCCCGACACCAACGGCUUCAUCGAUCACCUCACCGGCCUCAAGACACUACUGCAGUCUAGGACUUACAUACUGGUGGUGCCCCUCAUAGUGAUAACAGAGUUGGAUGGUCUGGCGAAGGGUCAAGAGAGCUGCGGAGGCUCCGGCGGUGUUCGUGGCGGCGGCGGUGGUUCCCGUGGUAACCCUGGCGGUGGGGGAGCGGCCCACGCACGGGCGGUCCAGGAGAAGGCCAAGGUUGCCGUGGCGUUUUUGGAGCGAGGGUUCGAGGCCAGGGAGCCCUGUCUCAGAGCGCUGACCAGCAGAGGAAGUCAACUGGAGUCCAUCGCCUUCCGCAGCGAAGACACCUCCGGACAACAGGGGAACAAUGAUGAUGUCAUCUUGUCCUGCUGUCUCCACUACUGCAAAGACAAGGCUAAGGACUUCAUGCCUGCACAGAGAGACGGUCCGGUGCGGUUGCGUCGGGAGGUGGUUCUUCUGACAGAUGACCGUAACCUGCGGGUCAAAGCCCUGACCAGGAAUGUGCCGGUCAGAGACAUCCCCUCCUUCCUCACCUGGGCCAAAGUGGGCUGAACCGGGUCACACAUUAGACCACGCCCAGAGGACCCAAACAACCAAUCAACUGCUGAGAACCGCUGGCCACCUCCCACACCAUCGGAGUGGAGGAGGAGCCUAGAAACUAAUGCAGAAGAGAAGACUGAUGGAGAGAGAGAAGAAAAAUUGAAACUAAAAAGCAUUUUUUUUUUGUGGAUUGAGUUUAAUGGGCUGAGAGCUUUUUACCCUCUCGUUGUGAUGAGGUGUGUGUGUUAACCACUUAGCUCAUGGAGCGAGAGAGAGCGGAGGGAGGGAAGGAGGAGAGGAGAGGAGCAGGGAGAGUUUUAAGAGAUGCAGGAAGGCUGGACCAGGAGGAGAGGUAGAAGACAGA